UCAAGGCAUCCCAUGAAGAAGAAAAGGGGUGGAAAGAUGGCGUCGCAGUAUUACCAAGAAAUGCAGGAGAGCUUCAGAAAUAACAACAAAAGUCGGGAAUUCCCGGCUCAUACAGCCAAAGUACACUCGGUGGCGUGGAGCUGCGAUGGAAGGAGGCUCGCCUCCGGCUCGUUUGAUAAAACAGCCAGCGUUUUUAUCCUGGAAAAGGACCGCUUGGUGAAGGAGAACAACUACAGAGGACAUAGUGACAGUGUGGAUCAGUUGUGCUGGCAUCCAACCAACCCGGAUCUGUUCGUCACUGCAUCUGGGGACAAAACCAUUCGCAUAUGGGACGUACGCACCACCAAAUGUGUCGCCACAGUCAACACAAAGGGUGAGAACAUUAAUAUCUGCUGGAGUCCAGACGGUCAGACAAUCGCAGUCGGGAACAAAGACGACGUGGUGACCUUUAUCGAUGCCAAGACGCACCGCUCCAGGGCUGAAGAGCAGUUCAAGUUCGAAGUGAACGAGAUCUCCUGGAACAACGACAACGACAUGUUCUUCCUCACCAACGGGAACGGCUGUAUCAAUAUCCUCAGUUAUCCGGAUCUGAAGCCCAUCCAGUCCAUCAACGCUCACCCGUCCAACUGCAUAUGCAUCAAGUUUGACCCCACGGGGAAAUACUUUGCCACAGGAAGCGCUGAUGCUCUCGUUAGUCUGUGGGACGUGGAGGAGCUGGUGUGUGUCCGCUGUUUCUCCAGACUGGACUGGCCAGUGAGGACGCUGAGCUUCAGCAAUGAUGGGAAGAUGUUGGCCUCCGCGUCUGAGGAUCAUUUCAUUGACAUCGCAGAGGUGGAAACAGGUGAGAAGCUGUGGGAGGUUCAGUGCGAUUCCCCAACGUUCACAGUCGCCUGGCACCCAAAGAGACCCCUGCUGGCCUACGCCUGCGACGACAAGGAGGGCAAAUAUGACAACAACCGAGAGGCAGGGACAGUUAAACUGUUUGGCCUUCCCAACGACUCCUGAGGAGCAUCAGCUCGUCUGUUGACAGAAGUAUUUACACCUUGAUGACAAAGGCAGUGAGAUGUUAAAAAGAGAAACUGCAGUAACCUUCUGACACCAGCAGGUGGUGCAACUUUCCUUACUUUGCUCUGAAUCGGCUGACGUCAUUCCCUGGUUGUUUUUAUACAGUAAAAUCUCAUAGCUGUAAAAUAUUUUCAUGUAAAAUAAAGCGUGUUUUUUUUUUUAAGUAAUAAAAAUGCUUUCUUACUAAAACAAAUAUUGAAUUCAAGGUCUUCUUUUAGCUGCUUAGAUUUUAAACAUGCAUCCAUUUUCUGUACACCCUUGUCCCUAGUGGGGUCUGGAGGGGUGCUGGUGCCUAUCUCCAGCGAACGUUUCUAAAAACUAUUAACAAGGAUCCACAGUGAUUUCACAAGUUGUGACUUGGGAACUUUAUUUAUAAUGUGAAGGGGGGGGGGAAGUGCAAUAUUUUGAAGAUUCUGAUCACAGAGAUAUGGCUGUGUGAAAAUGGGUCGAGAAACUGAUUUUCCAGUGGCAAAAGUCUUUUUUUUGUUGCUCCAAAUUUAAAAUCUAUAAAAGGUAGUACAUCCCACUGCUUCUUGGGUUUCAUCUAUUAAACAGUCUGUAAACAAAA